AUUGGAACCAGCCUGAACGGUAGCAGAAUGAAAAAAGGUUUACACGAGUAAGAAGUGGAUUUAUAAAGCUAUAUAAGGUAAGCAAAUCAAAGCAAUCCAUUAUCUAACAUUGUUAUUAAAUUGAUAUUAGGAUCCAGAUUUGUGAUGAAGAUAAGAUAUUAUUUGAUCAAACUGAGAGGCAUAAACAUAGGAUUUAGUUAAAGUACUUAUUGGCUGUGAUUUGCAAUUUCAGUUUACCAAACCUCUCAAUAUCUAUUUGUUUCUAAUAUGAACACCAGUUAAGUGCUGCAGUAAUUUUUGUUACUUGUGUUUAUUUUACAGAGAGGUUUUUGGGAUAUUUAACAAAAUCAGGUGUUUAUAUUUCUAAUCACUUUGAUCAAUUUGAGCCACCUGACCUCAUCCCUUGGGUGUGUGUAAAUAUAUACAGAAACAAAAAUCAUUGCAGGAAGAGUUUAGAUAGACUGCAGAUGUAGUAAAUAUUUAUAUGGUUUGAAUAAAUGUAUGUUGCAUUUCCAUAUUGUAACAGUUGUUUUAAAUGUAUGUAAAACAUACUUUGGUACUUACACAAGAACCAACAAUACUCCACCUACUGUGUAUGUAAAUGGGAUUUGCUUUUGAGUGGGUAGAGCAGUUACCACACAGGUGUUUUGAGUAACCUGGUAAAUUUUUGGGUUGCACACUUACAGUAAAACAUAUGUUAACAGAUUAAAGGGACAUUCCACUGCCAAAAUAAACAAAAACACUCUUUAGUAGAUAUACCCAAAUUGAAACCAUGCAUGCAUUUAUUUAUGCAUUUUUUCAUAGAGUGUGUAUCUUAAAACAAUUAGCAAACCUGCAGAUAUCAUGUCUUGCCGCACAUGUGCUGAAGGUCCCCCCCAACAAAGUGAAGGGACCUCUGCACUGGUAUCAGGUAAAUGUAAAAAUGUUUUUGAAACCAUUAUUUGCAGCCAGAGGGGCAGUAUAGUGUUAGGAACCUUGUUGGCUUCCUCAUCCGAUGAGGUGUGGUGAAGACCCCCAGUGCCGGGGAUAUAACCCAGCGAGUCUAGGGAUGGAUUCUCCGUAGGAGAGGAGUCCCCUUUUGGAGAAGCCUCUGUUUUGGUGCAGCCAAAUCAGAUUUUCAUUGCUUAUACAUAUAUUAUAUUUUAUUUAUUUUUUCAUUUUUUUUAUUAAAACAAUUUUACAGUUGGUCUUGAUACUCUAGCUACACAUGGCUUCCUUAAGUACUUUAUGGGUAAGAAGUAUCCCAUAAUAAUCUAAUAAUCCGAGUUUAUAAAAUUGCUGUCUUAUAAAUAACCUCAGAUCAGCAUGUGGCUUGUGCUCUUUUGUGGGAACAGGAGGGGGGGACUUGCAAAGGCUGCAAUUCUUAAGAACUGCAGCUUUUCUAAACUGUUUUCACAUAUACCCCCAAUAAAUACAUGGAUGUUUUCACCGGGGAGUAUCUACUUAACAGUGAUUUCUGACAGCUCCCUACCUAUAGUGUGAGUUACUGCGCAGGUUAUUUCCUGUAAUGUUUUUAGUUGUGCAGUAUGGUCAUUAUAGUCUGUGCUAUUAUGCUAAACACAGGAGACCCUGCUCUCUGUGGCUGAUGUUGAUCCAGAAGAAGGUUAAACACCACACCUUGAAGUGCAGUCUAUUGUUUCUUCAAAGAAAGGCAGGCGAGGAUAACCUGCCCUAUCCCAUAAUGAAUGGCUUUUACUUUUUAUUUAUUUAUUUAUUUAUUUAUUUAUUUUUUUUACUGAUCACAUAAGCACAGGCCCAAGGGUGUGCACAUCUCAAUCAGGGCUUUAUUGUCUGCAUGGUCUCCCAUUUAGCUGUCUGCCUGCCCUUAUCUGCUAGUUUGAAAUCGAUCAUUAUCUGGCUAAAGAGUAACAUUUAUAUUGAUCUGUUAAUGAGUGUUCUUACUAGAUCGAAAUGUAGUCUUAAUUGUUUAAGUUUGUAUUGUAACAGUCCAGUUAGUAAUUAAAUAGGUUCAGCUUAUUUAUUGAAUAGAAAUAUCCUGUUAGAUGGUGGUUUUUUGUUUUUUUUCUGUAUUCUCAGACUCUGCAAGUCCUGUUAACACAAAGAGUUCUGGAGUCUGUGUGAUGCAGAUUGACCAUAUGCCACAAUGCAAAUGAGCUAUUUAGAGAGAUUGUCCAGGAUUGUUUUCUGUGUUACUUUGUUCUUGAAGGAAUGUUGGUAGUCACUCCUGGUAAAAUUUAUCACUGUUCCCAGUUUGCUCACACUGAUACUGGGGAUGUAUCUAGUAAACAUUUAAAAAAAAAAAAAUUUAUUUAAAAAAAAAUUUGGGUAGUUGAGUGUACUUUAACCCCUUAAGGACACAUGCCAUGUGACAUGUCAUGAUUCCCUUUUAUUCCAGAAGCUUGGUCCUUAAGGGGUUAAAGUACAACACAAUUUUUUUUUUUUUUACAUUCUUUAUUUUUUUUUUUUUUUCUAAACAGGAAUAAACGGUGGGGACCGCCACUCUCUUGGUUAUACAAUGGUCCACAGUGAAUGCAACAUACAUCUGAGUGUAACAUUAUUGGUACAUCCGAUCAUAAACCACAUCGCUGAACCGUAUUUCUAUGUCCCUUAGACCCUUAACUGCAUCAUCUAUUUUUAUUUUUGCCAUUGAGGUUUGUGGUACCCUGAGGUUUCUCAUGCAUCGCCUACAGGUGUUAGGGGCCUGUGGAUCACGCACUCCAUUUAAACAAAGAAUCCCAUUUCUUUUCAAUACUUGUUGAAAAGGUUAUGUUAUCAAAAAUGGUUUUGAAGUGGCAGUUAUCAUUUAAAUCAUAACAUUUAAACUUAAAGGCUCAUUCUUGCUGGUUGUUAUAAUCUUUGAUAACGAGAAAGAUUUCAUAUUUAGAAUAAUAACUUUUCCGAUUCUUUUAAACACACACAGAUAACGAUGAGAUUAUUCCAAGGUGACCUAUCUCCAGCUAAAUAGGUUAACCCCUUUAUACGGAUGUUCAGUGGUUGUACAUAGACUUGCAGAAUGACAGUAGGACUAGGGUCUUCCAUGAACUUUGUUUAUUUUAUAACAUUCUUACUUUGAAAAAGUGCAUGUUAUCUCUGCAGACACAAUAUGAGAUAUUGGGGAAUGUGGGGAUAUGUAGCAUUCGAUAUAGGGGGCUGCGUGUCAGUGGAUAUAGUGGGCAGUGGGGGCUUUGUAGCAUUUGAUAUGGGGGCUGCGUGUCAGUGGAUAUAGUGGGCAGUGGAGGAUAUGUAGCAUUCAAUAUGGGGGCUGCGUGUCAGUGGAUAUAGUGGGCAGUGGAGGAUAUGUAGCAUUAGAUAAGGGGGCUGCGUGUCAGUGGAUAUAGUGGGCAGUGGGGGCUUUGUAGCAUUUGAUAUAGGGGCUGCGUGUCAGUGGAUAUAGUGGGCAGUGGGGGAUAUGUGGCAUUGGAUAUAGGGGGGCUGUGUGUCAGUGGAUAUAGUGGGCAGUGGGGGAUAUGUGGCAUUGGAUAUAGGGGGCUAUGGGUGGGAUAUGAGUAGCAGAGGGAUGUGGGGGAUAUGUGGCGUUGGAUAUAGGGGGCUAUGGGGGAUAUGUAGCAUUCGAUAUAGGGGGCUGUGUGUCAGUGGAUAUAGUGGGCAGUGGGGGAUAUGUGGCAUUGGAUAUAGGGGGCUAUGGGUGGGAUAUGAGUAGCAGAGGGAUGUGGGGGAUAUGUGGCGUUGGAUAUAGGGGGAUGUUAGCGACAUAUAGUACUGAAUAAAGAAGGUGAUGUGGCAGUGGAUAUGAAGGUUUUGUGGGGGACAUGUGGCAGUGGAUAUGUAGGUUUGUGGGGGUUGUGAGUAAUAGUGGACUGAGUGGUAAAUUAGGCAUUGGAUACGGAGUAGCUUUGAGGGAUUUUUCAGGGCUAUUUUGCACACACACAUACAUACAGACAGGCACACACACAUGCACACAUACAUACGUACAGACAUACAAAGACACAUACAUACAAAGACACAUACAUAUACACAUACAGACAAACACACAUACAAAGACACAUACAUACAGACACACACAAACAACAAACACAUACAUACAAAGACACACACAUACAGACACACAUAUAUACAAAGACACAUACACAUACCUACAGAGACACACACGAAACAUACAUACAAAGACACACAAGACAUACAUAAAGACAUACAUACACACACAAUAUUUUAGUCACACUCCUGUUUCCUACCUUUUAGGUGCAGGAGGGUGACAUUCCCUGGGGUCCAGUUGUGGCUCAGGUUGAUGGGAGUCAGAGUUCCCACUCUGACUCCCUCCUUCUUUCUCCUGCGCGGUCUGUGUGUUAGCUGGGAGGAGUGACGUGCGGUCACUUCCUCCCAGCUCUGUGUGAUGUAAUCACAGGGGCCCGGUCACGCUGUUAAAGCGCCCAGCGUUGACCGGGCCCCCUUACAACCCAUAUCCAUCGGGUGGCCCUGACAGCAUGGGCCUACCCGAUGGACCCCUUGGACGGUUUGCCGUGCCACAAAUGGUGAUGGUGCCCGGUUGCAGGGGACUGCUGGGCAGCCGGGCCCCCUGGAGUGACAGGCCCAGUCGCAACUGCGACCGCGGUAUGUACGCCGCUGCCCUCUCUACAUUAGUUCCGCCACUGGACCCUGGUAAGGGAGAUUAUUCUGUGCCAGCACGGCCGGACUGGGACAAAAAUUUGGCCUGGACAUUUAAAGGCAUACUUGCCCAAUAGGAUGGGUGGAGCCAUAGAGGGCACAAGUCCUGCUUAAGACCUCUUGCAUGAGGAAAAAUGCCUGUGUUUGUUAGCACAGCACAAGCUAAUGUUAUAAAAUUUAUAGACUGCUUAUGAGGUUGUGGGGGGUAAAUUAUGUGUGGUGUUAUGUGUGCAAAGGGAAGCUGCUUGUGUGGAUGCAAAUAUGAGAGAACACAUUGUUCUAAUAAAGCUUGGUUGUAUAGAAUGCAAAACAUUUCAGAUGUGACAAUGUCACUUUAAUAUUUUAGUCUCAACAUACAAAAGAUGUAAAUAAUUCAUCAAUUUGAAAGAACUGAACAGGUCUAUUAAAAUAAACUUGUAAAAUAUUGUUGUGGCUUUUCUUUAUGGUGAAAUGACAAAGCCCAAAAAAACAUUGGUGGUUUGUUGCUGCGUAUUUUAUGUCAUGUUACAUCUUUUAUACAAAGAUUAUAUUAAAAGACGUAUUAUUAUGCAUUAAUAACUGAUCAUAUUUUGUACUUUCAAAAUGCAGAAUUCCAUUUUGGAUGACAAAUUUUUACUUAAUAACUGCGCGUUUCUUGAAAUGGGGAGGAGGAUGCACCGCAAGCUAUUCUGUUUCCUUAUUCUUUGUUGUCUCUAUGGAUUAUUUUUCAAUACUCAAUGGAUAAAAGAUCUUUUCAAAGGUACGUAAUGUCUAAACUGGUGUGUCUAAUAGUAAUAUUUUACUUUAUAAAUCUCAACAUUCACAUUUCUCCAAAUAGUAUCAAGAAUAAAAUAGCCUAUUUACAAUAUUACAAUUUUAAAAAUAACAGAAGAACGAUAAAGUCACUCAUUGUGGUAAAAUAUAUACUAUUGCGUUGCAUACAUUGCAAUAAUUCACCUCUGUUAGAAAAUAAGUGGGGCGAAAAACAUAAUGCCAAAACUUAGUAAAAGGACCUUAUUCAGUUCCAAGUCAAAAAUUUAUGUUAAAACAGUCCACAGGGGAAGGAUUCUAGUGCUUGUUUACAGUUUGAUUUAGGCAGCUUGAACAUCCCAAAAAGGAGUUGUAGCGGGACAUGUUCCUUGUGUCCUGUUCCCAGGAGACAACACUCAGCCCUGGAGGCUCUCAGUCCUUACCAGGACUUUUCCCCUAAUUUCAUCUCCCUGCAAGCUGGAACAGCAGACACAGGGGUUAUUCUGGAACGGCUGCAAAGGCUAUUAAUGUGUUUUUUCAGGAGCACAUGGCGCUCAUUGCCCUGAUGAGAUUAUCCAUACCAAAUCACCCUCCCAGAUAGUUUACUCAGUCACAACUCACAUGUAAGAAGAUCUGGCGAUGUUUAUUCGUCGUAUGAUCUGUAGAAUGUGCAGUUACAACAGGUAAAAGAACGAUUCUUCCAUACAGGUUAGGAGCGAUACAAGUCACAUAUGAAUGUACAGCAUAGAAAACAUUAGAACAGAAAAGGGGGAGGGGAGUACCUGAAGCAGCAUGCAAACUAUAGAGUGGCCCAAGAGACAAACUUAAGAUGAACAUUAAAGAAACAGUACAUUAUAAUAAAACAAUAUCAUGUAACAUGACAGGGGUUAAAAUCUUCCUCCCCUCCAGUAAAAGUUUAGAGGUUUAAACACUGCCAUCUUACCAGGCUGAGUCACACUCUUUAUUGAUUACAGGCUUCUUUUAUGCACAGACCCCCACAGGGGGUCUCCAUUCUACACAAUACACUUCCAGUAAUCCCAGGCAGGGGGCGGGGGGGGGGGUUGGGUUACAGAUAGCCAUCUCCCGCCUUAGGAGAUACCAAGUAGUACACAGGGAUACACUUUACAUCAUAUUAAAUUCAGGGGGGUUACACUUUGGGGUCCAGCGCCCCUGGAAGGGAAGGGGUUACAGGGUUAAAACUUACAUGGUUAGAUAGCCCCGUGUCCCAUCUGGGAUCCCUGCAAAUAGUGGGGCGAUCAGAUGUACAGAGCCAGAGAUAUCCGUGUCGAAAGUCUGGGGCUCAAAUUGGUCCAAAAUUAGUUCCAUGGUGUUGCUUGGUUUAGUCCGGUGAAUUCAAACUUCGCGCCUAAACCAAGCAACAGCCAAUCAGCUGAAAGGGCGUGAAUCAAAUCGGGCCAAUCAGCGUUCAGGGGAGGAAGGAGUUUCGCCUCCCAAUCCAAAGGAAGGGUACGAAACUCUGCUGCACCAAUCGGUGCUCGGGGAGUAGGGGGGUUUCGCCACCCAAUCAGGGGAAAGGGCGCAAAACCCGAUUGCACCAAUCCGCUAAAAGGCACGAAACUAAUUUGCGCCAAUCAGCGCCCAAAGACAAAGGGGGGAUUUGCCGCCCAAUCAGACGAAAGGGCGCGAAACCCUGUUUAAACAAGCGCUCCUGGCGGCGACCAAUCAGCACUUUACUUGUGCCGACCAGCCAGGAGAAUGGCGCGAACCCAGUUUGAAUGGGCGCUCCUUCUCCCAGACUUCCACGCAGCCAGCGGGAACUCUGCAGCCGUGAGACCGACUAACAGCUGCAGAGACUCCCUGCUGGCGUGCUCCCCUCUCUCCGGCGGAUACCCACACUUAGGCAUCCACCAGAGAGAGCGUUCUCCUGGGUAGCCACGAGCCUAGCCUCGUAGCUCCCAGAUAGGGGACAGGGCAAGUGAUUACAGCUCCUCUGGGAGCAGGUAGAGCGGUCCCAGACAAGGGGACCGAAGACAGGUUGAGCAGGCUGGUUCGGCAUAUGAAUGCUGCCCCCCAUGGCAUUCGGCUAUACGAACCGGUGGCCACCCAGGGGCAGCACACGACGCUUGUUACCUUGCGGUCUGCGGUUUUGCACCUCUUUAGCGAGGUGUGAACAUUCUAACCACACAUUAUAACUGGAAUAGUGGGGUGGUCCGGUGCACAGUGUACCGUGCGUCGGAGCGCCCCUCUGUGGCUGAAAAGUGAAAUACACCAUGCAUUGCCAAAUAAAAAGGGAAACACAUAUUUAACAAGGGAAAAUCAUCACAGUACAUAUUGGGGACAGUGGCAUACAUACCAGAGUCGCAGGGGUCGCGGUUGCGACCAGGCUGGCCCUGCUAUCACCCGUAAGGCGGGUGGCCGGUCGGGCGGGCAGGCAGACGGGCGCGUGAGGGAGCACUCAGUGCUUCCUCUUCAGCUCCCUCGCGCACCGAGUGUUAGUGUGUGUGUUAGUGUGAGGGUUAGAGUGUGUGUGAGUGUUAGUGUGUGUGUGUCUGCUAGUGAGUGUUAGUGUGAGUGUUAGUGUGUCUGCUAGUGAGUGUUAGUGUGAGUGUUAGAGUGAGAGUGUGUGUGUCUGCUAGUUAGUGUGAGUGUUAGAGUGAGUGUUAGUGUGUGUCUGCUAGUGAGUGUCAGUGAGUGUGCUACUGUGUGUGUCUUACUGAGUGUGUGUGUGUUAGUGAGUCUGUUUGAUGCCUGUUAGUGAGUGUGUGUUUGUCAAUGAGAGUGUAUGUUUUGUAAGUGAGUGUGUAUGUAUGUCUGUCGCUGACUGUGUCUCUGUCAGUAAAUGUGUGUCUGUUAGCUAGUGUGUAUGCGUCUGUAAGUGUGUGUGUGUGUGUGUGUGUGUGUCUUCAGCACUUACCUUUCUCAGCCGGACCCCUGGCUGGAGGAUCCCUCAGCCUCUCAGCUCGAAUGCCAUUGCGAUUCAAACGCCCAUAGGAAAGCAUUACUCAAUGCUCCUAUGGACGCUUCAGUGCUGCUCCUCUAGCGGCUGUCAAAGGACCACUAUAGUGCCAGAAAACAUACUCGUUUUCCUGGCACUAUAGUGCCUUGAGGGUGCCCCCACCCUCAGGGACCCCCUCCCGCCCGGCUCUGGAAAGGGGGUAAAACUUACCUUUUUCCAGCGCUGGGCGGAGAGCUCUCCUCCUCCGAUCCUCCUCUUCUCCUCCCCGUCGGCUGUAUGCGCACGCGCGGCAAGAGCUGCGCGCGCAUUCAGCCGGUCACAUAGGAAAGCAUUCAUAAUGCUUUCCUAUGGACGCUGGCGUGGUCUCACUGUGAAAAUCACAGUGAGAGGACAGCCGCUAGAGGAAAUAGGGGAAGGCUUAACCCAUUCAGAAACAUAGCAGUUUCUCUGAAACUGCUAUGUUUAUAAAAAAAAUGGGUUAACCCUAGCUGGACCUGGCACCCAGACCACUUCAUUAAGCUGAUGUGGUCUGGGUGCCUAGAGUGGUCCUUUUAAGUGUGUGUGCAUCUGCAUUCACUGGCAUACAUACCGCGGUCGCAGCCCUGUAACCUCUGCGACCAAGUGCCCACCGUCAUGUGUUGCGGCCCGGCCCGCGCGCGGGGGGGGAGGGGGGCCCACGGAUCAAUUUUCGCACCGGGGCCCCAUGGGUCAUGUGUACGCCACUGAUUGGGGACACAAAAUAUAAAACCAAACCUCUAAAUACUCAGUGGACAUGGCACUUAGUGGCGAUGUCCCUCCACAGGAGUCUCUUAUUUCUGGUCCUAGAUGCAUACUAGUAGAAAAAAAGGGGGAAGCAACGCCUUAGGGAGUGUCCUCCAGUCCAAAUUCAGACAGGCAAAUAUAUAAUAGAUAAAGUGCAAAAUAUAGUGUAGUAUGUUGAAGUUCUGGACAAAUAAACAAAAAGCAAUGUAAUGAUUAGCUUUCUCAAUAUAAUUUUUUUUUUUUGUAUUUAAUAAAAAAUUUAUUUUAUUAGAGUUCCACACAUAGUAAUUAGCUGUCCCAAUAUAUGUAAUGUGUAAACAAUUAAAGAAUACACUAAGGAUAGCUCCACAAACAAAAUUAUAGAAAAGUAGUGUGAAAAGAAAAUAUUAGUAAUGGAGACACUGUAAAUUUAGUGCCACUAUGCAAAUUAUGGCUCGUUGUACGCUGAUGACGGUCAACAGGCUAAGCUGCUCAUCAAUGGGUUAUAUACCUCUAGGCAUAAACCCAAACACUCAGAGCCAUGCUAGAGAAAUUUAAACAAGCAUGAAAAAUAAAGAAAAAGGAAAUUGAAGAAAAGGAAAAAUAACAGAAGCAACAACAGCAUUUUGAGACUGUCCAGGAUGCUUGUAUACGAGCAAAGUCUGGGAGAGUGUCAUUGGAUCGAAUUGCUCUGUGGGACCCCUCUCUCUGGCGCCUUCUUCUUGUGUGAUCUGUCCACUCGGUUUGUUUCCUCCAAUAUGGUAGUGGCCGGUAGGCCCAGUUUGUGAAAGUGUAUCUCUGGGUUAUCGGAGGAGGACAAGGUGAGUAUUUCAUUGCUGUGUGUGACAGCAAAGGAGCCCUCUGCAUUCUAGUGAUAUUUGGCAGUUAUCUCGAAGUUUGCUAGCAACUUGGGCCAGCUGUCAGUAAGGACAGAAAAGGGAAGAUCACUAUAGAUGGAUACUGUGUGACCCUUAAAAUGCACUUGUCCCAUUUUGGAUCUGUUCAUUAUAGCAGUUCACACCUCAAUGGCUCAGGCAAUAAUGUCCCUAGGUGCGUCUACUGAUUUGCUUACUGAAAAAGAGACCAGGAUGGACGGGGCGUCUGUAUCAUUUUGAAUGUCCAGAGAGGCAAUCAGUCUUUUAAUGAACGACAAUACAUCCCCUCCACCUACCUGUUCGGGUAUGCUUUGUAGGCGUAUAUUUUGAUGCCAGUGUUGAGACUCCAGCAUGAGCACCAUCUUAUAUAGUGAGAUCCUAAAUAUGCUGCUUGAUGUUCUGGAGUUAAGUGCCACAUGUCUGUUCCCUUUCCUCCACAGCUUUCACUUUUUGCUGCAGGACACUUAUUUCUGCUUGUGUCUCUUGGAGGUCUGACUCCCACACCUUUCUCAGAUCUACCAGCAAUCUUUUGAUGUCACCUUUCGCGGAUGGAGACGGAUCCUGUUCCGAUUUUCUCACCAUCUCUAUGAUGUACUCCAGCUGGGUGAGGUGCAUGAAUUUUCCUCCUCAGGUGAAUCAUCUGAGGUGUCAUGAUCCCUCUGGGGUUGGUUCACGCAUUCUUCUAUUCACAUCCCUCCAUAUAAAGAGGUGUUCGGUGGUUCUUUCGUCCACUUGGAUGUACGUUUGGUCAGGGGCGUCAUUCGAACCAGGUGUUUUACUAAUCCUUUGUUUGUCCAUACGAAUGGCGGAACUGAUUUAUCAGGCUGACUUUGUACGUUGUUCGUAUGCCAGUUCUUUAUACGAAUGGUGGAAAUGACGUAUCUGGCUAAUCCCGUACAUCACCUUUGGUUCAUUCGUUUAGUGAAAGUGAAAACUACAAUGUCCAUGAGUCCUUGCACUCAAUAGCGCCGUAUUUCAAAAGUCCUAAUAAGCCAUAUAUGGGACAGGGGGGAGACAAAGGGAGACCAGUAUUAAAAAAGAGAAGGUUUGUGAAACAACAAAUUAUAAAAUGAUGAUGUGCCCCAAAAUAAGGAUAUUAUAUUUGACCGUUACAUUUCGAUAUAACCACAUACAGAAUAUAUGUAUAAAUAACCAAGGAAAUGCAAUAAGAAUUUUAACAGAUGGCAACAUAUUGUUCUAUAUGCUGAAUAGUGUUGCCAAUCUGAUGAGAGAUUUGUUCUCAAACGAAGAGCUAUUUGAAUGGGUAAAAAGGUGAAGAUAAAAAAUUGUAACUACUAAAAAAUUAAGAUUAAAUAUAUAAAGUUUAAAAAGGAAUAAAAAUGUAGUAUGGUUGUAAUUUCCAUAUACAAUUUAAUCUAAAAAAGUGGGUAAUUAUAUAAAAUUGGAAAUUAUAAAGGCACCGAAAGUCAGCACUUUCAGAGCCAUAACGUCAAAAAUACUCUUUAAUUGUGAGCAUUCCCUUUUUAAAACAAAUUUUCUAAUUUUGUGGAUUGUAACAAUAUUAUACUAUUCUAUUUCUCCCAUUCUUUUCCCAGCAUGUGUAUAAAACAUUUUUUUUAAACGCAUGGGUAAGCUCUGAAUCUUUUUAGUGCUGCACUUUACACUGUUUGUGUCAGGAAGGGGUAAUAUCACAUAAACCCUGUCUAAGCACAUUGGUUUUUUUUGUUUACUGUUUGAUUUCUGGGUCAAUAGGAGAACCCAUAGAGUGCUACAGCUGCUAUUGCCAAUACAAUCUAUUCAUAUCAUUAUUAAGCAUCCGAGCUCCACACUUAGAAAACAUCAAUCUUUGGUAAUCCCAUGAGCAAAGGGAUCGGCUGCCUCCCUUCUGCCUGCAUGUAGUAGGCCGCAGCUCUGACUGCAUCUGUAGGUGCCCAAACCUGUACCUCUUUUGCAGAUGGGGGUGGUCUCUGGUAGGCUGGAGUUCCCAGAACUAUUGUAUGUGGUUCAGUUGUGGGCAAGCGGAGUCUGGAUGGUAAAAAUGCCAAAAUUAUCUUGGGUCGAGGUGCUUAGCACUGCAGUUAGUCUAUGCCCCCCUUCAAUAUCAAUUUUAUUUUGCGUCCUCGUAUGUUUUUUGUAGCGCAUCAAAUAGAUAUAGCAACUACCAAGAUUAAAUUAAUUGCAAGUUAACAUUUGUAAAUGGUUUGCUUUUUGGCUGGCAUUUAAUUUAGACUAAUGUUCGUCUAGAUCAGGGGUAGGCAACCUUCUGCACUUCGGAUAUUGUGCCCUGAUGCUUUACCAGCAUUAUAGCUGCAAAAGCAUUAUAAGACAUGUAGUCCACAACAUCUUGAGUGACGAGGGUUGCCUACCCCUAGUCUAGACGACACUAUGAAUAUUAUCAUUGUGUGUAUGUGUCAGGCAGGGGUGGCAUGUUUUACCACCCACAUAUCUAAACGUUGUGUCAUGGCUUUUUCUUGUGCCGCAUGUUUUUAUACUCCGAAAUGUGAUUUGUACAAAAUGAAACUUUUUUUUUUUUUUUCUACAACAUAUAUUGCUAUAACAUGGCGUAUGUAUUUAUUUUGCAUCUGUAAAAGUUUAAUUCUAAUUAUGCUAAUGUUAAUAUUUGUCGUUCUCUUGUAGAUCAUAAUCAAAACUCAGUCACUCAGACUCAUCGGAAAAAUAUAAUAAAACUGGUUUGUCAACAAAAUAACCUCACCUUUAACUCAUCAUACAUAAUUUCAUCCUUUGUUUCCAAGCAGUUGUAUGUGGAGCACAGUUAUAAGUUCAUCUAUUGUGAAGUACCUAAAGUGGGUUGCACUAAUUGGAAGAGAAUAAUUCUUCUCUUAAACAAGACUUUUGAUGUUUCACCUGAGGAUCUCAAGCACUUUGAUGUUCACAACCAUUCUUCGUUGGUCCGACUUAGUACCUAUAACUAUUCUCAACAAAUGGAGAUGCUUCAGAAUUACACAAAGGUGAUGUUUGUUCGAGACCCUUUGCACAGGUUGGUUUCAGCCUACAGAGACAAGUUUCUCCACGAAGAAGAUACAUACUACAGUAAAACCUUUGCAGAUCAAAUCAAGGCAAAAAUGAGAAAAAAUAAAAAUUCCUCACAAAAGGUCACUUUUGAAGAAUUUGCUCGCUUUGUCAUUCAGGAAAAGGCACGGUACAGAGAUACCCAUUGGAAACCAAUGCAUGCACUCUGUGACCCUUGUAAUAUUCAAUAUGAUAUUGUGGGCAAGUUUGAAACCAUGAAAGAGGAUUCAGAUUUUGUUCUAAAGACUAUAAAAGCCCCAAAGCACUUGCAAUACCCCAAUAUUAAACAUUAUCCAAAUGAGUCCCGGACCAAUGAAGAGAUAAGCAUAAAGUAUUUCAAUAGCUUACCCCCAAAGGUCCUCGAAGAUCUCAUAAAUGUUUACAGAGAGGACUUCUCUCUGUUCCAAUACCUUCCUGUAAACCAUACAAAAAACACUAAAAAUACCAGAGAAAUCAGCAAAUCUGCCCUUUCUUUCACCAGUCUUUCUUCCUCUUCAUUUUUAAAGUGAAAGCACGAGAGCAUCAACUUCAAAGCUCGUCUUCACAUUGAGUGAGAGCAAAACCUGCAAGAUACCAGUUCCUGUUGAGUUAAAACAGAUUUUGAUUAUUAAUGAUAUUAGAUAUGCAGUACAGUAGCGAUAAAUUGUUAAUGCUGAGUUUACAGUGCCUUAAAGGGACAUGCAUCCCUUUGAGAAAACUGUCUUAUUUAAACGCUUCAGCUUUGAAUGAGACAGUUUCCUUACUGCGCAGGAUGAAAAAAGCAGGUAGAUACAAUUUCUUUUUUUCAUAUUUACCUACUUCUUUCUUAUGCUUUCCACACCCACUCCAGGAGGGACACUGAUCGAACCAAUCAGUGCCCUAUCCCCAGGAAUGCUGGAAAGUGCAUAACUGACGGAUUUUUAGCUGGAAGAGCUCUUCUUUUUGCAGCAUCCUGAUAUGGGGAGAAGAGAGAGAGUCUAAUCUGUAUGAAGAUGCAGGGCAGCCUAUGGUGUUGGGGUUCUAUCUCCUGCUGCUGCACAAUGAUUCCCUGUAACUGUCAUUAGUUGACUGGUCUGAAACUGAGAUGGGUAAGUAAAUGAGAGGGGAGAGAAGGCUGAAGAAACUACUUUAGUUGAUAGGUGUGCCCAGUGGUGCAGUCUGACAAAGUUGAUAGUAACUUUAUAAAUGUGUAUUACAUACUUUUCAAAGUGUUUUUCUUGUUUUGUUUUGUAUAUUUGUUUAAAAGUGUUUGCUGGUUUAAAAAACAGUUGUCAAGUCCCUUUCACGUGUUCAAUGAUGUUAAAAAUAAUGACACAAAAAGCAUCCACAGAAUCUUGAUUCUGACUAUAUGUUAAGCAAACUUAAAGGUUAAAUCCAAUUUCAGCAAUUAAAAUUUUAUUUCCGGUGUCAAGUGUCACCAUAAAAUCAAAGUAUUUAAACUUUAGGAUGGAUAGGUUGGAUGUUUGUUUCUGUUUUUUUUUUUUUUUUGUGUUUUUUGUUUUACUUCUUCAAUGUAAUUGAUGUGCUUACUACUCUUGUAGGAACAUAAAAACAAAACAAUAGAUGUAGCACCUUUUGGCUUCCAAUAUCAUUUCUAUGCGGAUGACAUGCAAAUCUACCUGUCCUCUCCUGAUCUCUCCCCGUCCCUCUUGACUAGUGUCUCUGACUGCCUCUCUGCUGUUUCUAACUGGAUGGCUGCCCACUUCCUUAAACUCAAUUUGACCACAACUGAAAUUCUGAUCUUUCCUCCCUCAAGUGUUGUUACUCCUGUGUCUGUCUCCCUCCAAGUCUAUGGUGCUGCCAUCAGCUCCAAUACGCAGGCUCGCUGCCUAGGUGUUCUCUUUGAGUCCGACCUCUCCUUCAUGCCUCAUGUUCAGUCUAUCACCAAAUCCUAUCAUUUCCACCUCAAAAACAUUGCGCGCAUCCGACCCUACUUAACGCCAGGUGCGACUAAGGUGCUGGUCCAUUCCACUGUCCUUUCUCGCCUUGACUAUUGUAAUCCACUUCUCAGUGGUCUUACAUGCUCCCAACUUGCGCCUUACACUCCAUAGUGAAUGCGGCGGCGAGGCUCAUCUUCCUGUCUGCCAGCAUUUCCACACCUCACCCUUCUGUCAGUCCCUACAUUAGCUUCCUGUAAGAUAUAGGGCUCAAUUUAAAAUUCUGGUUCUUGCUUUCAAUUCUCUACAUGCUCCCACCUAUCUAUCCUCACUAAUAAACAUGUCCUGUCUAGGCCCUUACGAUCUGCUGAAGACUUAUCUAUCUUCUGUCCAUACUCCCACCUCUGAUGCUCGCCUUCAAGACUUCUUGAGGGCUGCACCAUUCCUGUGGAACUCGCUUCCCUCCUCCAUUAGAUGCUCACCCAGUCUCCACUCCUUCAAAAAAAUCAUUAAAAACCCACUUCUUCAUAAAAGCGUAUCAAUUAAACUGUUCAUAGCUCCUGACUGAUUCCUCUUCUGCAACUGUCACUAGUCUAAUACUACCCUUACCUUUUGUGUCACUUUACCCCACUCCCUCUAGAAUGUAAGCUCAUUGAGCAGGGCCCUCAACCCCUCUGUUCCUGUGUGUCCAACUUGUCUGACUACAACUACAUGUCUACUACUGUAAAGUGCUGCGGAAUUUGUUG